AUGGCCGAGCUGGGUGCUGUGGCCGGGCUGGAGGAGGACCUGACCUGUCCCAUCUGCCUGGGCAUUUACAGCGACCCUGUGUCCCUGAGUUGUGGUCACAGCUUCUGCAAGGAGUGCAUCCAGGAGGCGUGUAGCCGCCGGCAUGGCCUGCAGGGCCCUUUCAGCUGCCCGCUGUGCUGUGCCCAGGCAGACCUUCCUGUGGAGCCGCAGCCCAACAUCCAGCUCCGCAGCAUAGUGCAGAAGUUUUUGGAUGCUCCCACUCAUCAAGAGGAGGAAAAGCAGGAAGUGCAAUGCGAAGAGAAGGGGGAAAGUUCGGGCCAGCAAGACGAGGCGAUCCUGUGUGAUUUCUGCCUUCAGGAGCCCCAGCCAGCCGUGAAGACCUGCCUGAGCUGCGAGGCCUCCCUGUGCCAAGCCCACCUGAGCAAGCACAGCACAAAGAGCCCCCUGAAAGACCAUGUCCUGGUGGAGCCCUGUGAUGCUCAGGUUUUGGCUGAGAGGAGAUGCUCCCAGCACGGCAAACUGCUGGAGUGCUACUGCAAGACAGACUCAGUCUGCAUCUGCACGCUGUGCUGCAUCACUGGCUCCCACAAGAACCACAAGAUCACCACUUUGGAGGUGGCUUUUGGCCAAGCGCAGAGUGUUUUUCCUGAAACUCUGAAAACAGUGAAAACACUCGAAGAUGCACUGAAUCAAAGGAUAGAAAACCUGCUGAAACAAGAGGAGGAAGUGAAGACUAAGGAGAGCCUGUGCAGGAAUCAGCUGGAGAGCCUCUUCAAAGAGAUGCAUCUGCAGCUAGAUAACAAAAAAGGAGAGGUCCUGAAAGCUCUCAGUUGCAACAAGGAGCGGCAGCUUUCUCAGAUUCAGAUGCAGAUACAAAACCAAAAAGAGGCGAAGGAUGCAGCCAGCCAUGAACUACAGGAGCUGGAGGCUCUGAGAGAUCAGAAAGACCCACUUCUUUUCACCAAGGCUUUUGCAGUGAUUCAAGCCAGGUAA